AUGGGUACCGGAUCCCGCCACAGCAAGAACGCCGGGACGAUGGGUUCCGAGAACCUCACCUACCACGAGAAGAAGGCUCUCGGGUUCGGCACCGUGAAGGAGAGGCUCGGCAAGGAGACCGUGAAGGACUUCGACGCGUGCGGGCUGGGUCUGCAGCACGCUUUGGACCCGGUGGUGACCCCGGAGGGUGUCCUGUACGACCGCGAGCACAUCCUCCAGUGCCUCCUCCACCAGAAGAAGGACAUCGCGCGCAAGAUGAAGACGUGGGAGGGGGAGCAGGCCAGGGACGCGGAGAAGGCGUCCGCCGAGGAGGAGGCCAAGAGGCUCGCGGAGCUGGAGAAGUUCGAGCUGGAAAACAAGGGCGGGUUUGUCAACUACAGCGCAUCCGCGGGGACGUCCACCGCGACGGGCACGUCCGACGCGCGCAUCGCCUCCUCCGCCGACGUCGCCGCGACGCAGGAUGACAAGGAGCGCAUGAAGACCAUGAAGGCGUUCUGGCUCCCGUCCAAGACCCCGACCGCGGAGAGGAAGGCGGAGAAGCCCGACACCGACACCAAGUGCCCCACGACGCUCAAGAAGUUGCGGCUCAAGGACCUGCUGGCGGUGAAGUGGACCAAGGUUCGGAAAGGCGAGGAGAUUGGCGGGGCGAGGUACAUGUGCCCGGUGACUUUCAAGACGUUCACCAACGCGACCAAGAUCGUGGUGCUCAAGCCCUCGGGUCACGCGGUGUCCGAGGAGGCGUGGACCAAGGUGGUAAAGGACGAGGGAACGUACGACGGGCACAGGGUCAAGGGCGUGAUCAGGCUGCAGAGGGGCGGGAGCGGGUUCGCCGGGAGCGGGACGCAGGUGGAGUCCAAGACGGAGUUCAUGCUCGGCGCGGGGAGCGGACUGGCGGACGGGCGCGGGCAGAACCGCGGCGCCACGUCCAAGUUCGGGCUUCGCUUCAACUGA